AUGGAUACCAUAGGAAUUAUUGACUUCGCUUGGCAAGAACUAAAUGAUAAAUGCUUGAAUGGAGUGUGGAAGAAGUUAUGGCUGAUGGAAUAUGAAAAACUAUUAGAAGAAUGUAAAUUAGAAAAUCAUCAAUUACAAGAGUCUCUUCAGAAAAUGAGAGAAAAGACUAAAGAUGUAGAAAAAAGUUAUCAGCUUUCAGAAGAACAAUUAGAAUGUAUGAAAUUAAAAUUAGAAACAUUAACAACAACUUGUCAGUUUCUUCAACAUGACAUGGAAAAACUGUCAUCAGAAAACAAGGUUUUAAAAAAUGAGUUGAAAAUAAUGGCAGAAGCAAGAGAUGAAGCUUUAAAAUCAUUAAAAUCAUGGAAAGAAGAUAUCAAUAAAGAAACAAGAGAAGUUGAACAUCUUAAAGGAGAAAUCCAUUUCCUUAAAAUAGAAAGAAAUGAACUUUUGAACAAAAUAAAUGAUAUAGUUGAAGUUAAGGAAAAUUUAACUGAAAAAUUACAAUCUUCUGAAGAAGAAAAUAAAAUCAUCGUGGAAGAAUUAAAAAGUAAUCAAAAACAACUUGAAGAAACAAAAAUGGAAAUUGAAAAUUAUAAAUUGCAACUGGAACAAUCAAAUGAAAAAACAAAUUUGGCUGUUAGAAUUGAUGAAAACGAUGCUCUUAAAAUCAGUUUCGAAAAACUAAAACAGGAAAAUAAUGCUUUACAAAUAGAUAUUGAGGAAUUAUCUCAGGAAAAAAAUAAUUUGAAAGCUAAAUUGGAAUCAUCAUUAUUAAGUUUAGAAAAUAUGACUAAAGAUAAAGAAAUAAUAAUUGGUAAUUUGAAUAAUAUUAUGCAAGAAAAUGAAGCAUUGAAAUAUGAAUUACAAGAAGUUAAAGAGAAAAUGGAAAUUUUUGUUAAUGAACAACUUAGUAAAAGUUUUAAUCAGAUUUCUAAUGUGGAAAAAGAACUUUUGAAAGCACAUCAGCAAAAUUUGGAUUUAGUAGAAGAAUUGGAUAAGGUCAAAGAUCUGCAAUGUUUUGUUGAAGAUGAAGCUAAAGAAUUAAAAGAGGAAAAUGAUAAGUUGAAAACAGAAAUUAAAAUACUUGAAGCAGAUUUGGAGAACGACAAAUUACAUAUACGCAAGCUGGAAAAGGAAUUGCAUGCUGCCGAAGAACGAGAACAUGUAUGUACAACAGAAAAUGAAAAAUUAAGAAUAAAACUACAUGAAAUAGAAAAUGAAAAUGAUUUAAUAAAUAUUGAAUUUGAUAAUCAAAGAAAGAAACUUAAUGCUUUAGAAGAAAUAUCUGAAAAAUAUAUUUCUAUAGAAAAUGAAAAAACACUUUUAGAAAGUGAAAAAACUACUCUUUUAACUCAGAUUGAAGCUUUAAAACAAGAAUGUAAUACUCUAAAACUCAACAAUGAAAAUGAAAAUUUAUUAAAAGGAAAUAAGAUUGAUAGUGGAAGUUCAUUUGAUUCUCAAGAACAGAUACUUACUUCAAUUGAUAAACAGUUUGAAGAUAAUUCUGAAUUAAUAAAAUUUAAAACAGAUAAUACUACUUUGAAACAAGAAAUAGAACAGCUAAAUAUUAAAAUCUUGGAAAAAGAAAAUCUUUUAGAAAAUAUGUCAUUAGUUUGUUCUAAUAACUUUGAUGAAAAGGAAACCAAAAACUUGAACUGUGAAAAAGACACACAGACAGAAAUAGAUAAUAAUAUAAAUCAAUCUGAAAAACAGCUAUCUGAGAAUAAUUAUUUACAAAAUAAUAAUUCUGAUAAGGAAUUAAAACAUAUUGCUAGUGAACAAGAGCUACAUAAUAAAAUAGAAUAUUUAACAAAUGAAUGUGAAGAAAUUAAAAAAUUUUUGUUUAGCAUUUCACAAGAGAAAACUUUUUUGGAAAAGGAAUUAGAAAAAAUGAAAGUUAUAAACAGGGCAUUAGAGGAAAAUAUUACAGAAGCAAAUAAUAACAAAGAUUUGUUUGAACAAAAAUUUCACGAGAAAUCUGAUUUAGUCGAGAAUAUACACUGUCAAAUGGAUUCAUUAUUAAAUCAAAUUGAUGAUUUGAAUUGCCAAUUACAUGAGAAAAUUAAAGAUCUUGAAACUGCUGAUUUGAAAUUAGCUGAUGAAAAAUCAAAAAUAAAUCUUUUGCAAAAUGAAUUAGAAAAAUAUAAAACUGAAUUAGAUAAUUUACAUAGAGAAGGUUAUCAUUUAUCUGAUAAUUGUCCGUUAAUUGAAGAUUACAAAUAUAUUAAAGAGGAAAAUGAAAAAUUUAAAAUAAGGUGUAAAUAUUUACAAGAGACAAACAGGAAAUUCGAAAAUUUAAUUAUUGACUUGAACAAAACAGCCAAUGAUAAAACUUUAGUACAUUGUGAGAAAGAAUGUUUGCAAGAAAAAAAUUCUGAGCAAAAUAAUAAUGCAGAAUUACAAAAAACUAAUGAAGAAUUUAUGGAAACAUUUAUUACAAAUGAAAACAUUAUCCAAUUAGAAAAUUUUAAAGAAAAAUAUUUGAAAUUUAAAACAGAUAAUGGUUUCCUCAAAGAAGAAAAUUAUAAAUUAGAAGAAAAAGUAGAAUCUUUAAUUUCUCAGCUUGAUGCCCUACAAAAGGAAGUAACAAAAUUAUUAGAAGAAAAAGCAGCUAUCAGUAAUGAUUUAGAAGAUCAUAUUUUAAUGCAUAAAGAGCAACAAAUUUCUUUUAGAAAUGAAUAUCAAAGCUUGGAAGAAAAAUGUAAUGAUUUAAAAAACCAAUUAUCAGAGAAAACUGUAGAAAAUGAUAUGCAAUGUAAACAAACUGAGGAUUCAAAUAUUCAAACAGAUGAAGUAGAAUCCAUUGAAGAUAUUAAAUCAGAACUUUCUGCUACUAAAGACUUAAUUAAGCAGUUUUCUGAAGAAAAUGCUGUAUUAUGUAAUGAAUUGGAUAUGAAAUCUACUAUGAUAAUUGAUAAAGAGCAUCAUAUUAAAAGUUUAGAAGACAAAAUAUUUGAACUUAAUCAGACAAUUGACAAACUUCUAGAGGAGAAAAAUGAAUUAUUGAUUGAUGUUAAUAAUAAAAAGCAAGAAAGUAGCAAUCAAACUGAGUCUUAUGAUGAAAAUAUUAAAGUAUUGCAGAUAUCACUGAAAGAAUCAGAUGAUAAAAUGAGAAAAAUUAAAGCAGUUGCUCUGAAAACUAAAAAAGAAUUAGCCGAUUCAAAAAAACAGUUGAAUGAAAUAACAAAUGAAAGAAAUCAGUUAAAGAAAAAAAUGGAACAGCUUGUUUCAGAAAAAGACAAGGCAGUUUCUGACUGCAGGCAACAUCUUUUAAAUUUUCAGACUUUGCAAGUUGAAUAUGAUAAGAUUGAAGAUAAAUGUGAAGCAAUGAAUUCAAAACUUAGGCAGUUUGAACAAGACGUAACUCAGUUAACAUCUGAAGUAACAUCAACAAAAGAAAAACUUGGUGAAAUUAAAUGUGAAAAUGAUUCUUUGAAAAAAUCUUUAGAUGCAACUGUUUCUGACAAAAAGCAAUUAGAACAGAUGAAAACAGAGCUUGAGGGAAAAGUAAUUGUAUUAGAAUCUGUCCAUGAAACGGAAACUAAGAAACAUAAUGAAACACAAGCCGAAUUGCAAAAGAAAAUACAAAAAGUAACUGAAUUAGAAGAUCAAUUGAAUAUGGAAAGGUUCCAACACACUUCCACAACUCAGCAAUUAGAACAAGCUCUUAAGGAAGCUAAACAACAAAAUUUGUUGAGCUUGGAAAUGGCUGAUUAUGAGCGUUCUGUAUCAGAACUUAAUGCUAACCUUGAAGAAAGAAGCAAGUGUAUUAAUAAUCUUCAAUCCCAGUUAGAGAAUGAAAGGGAAAAGUAUAAUACAGCUCUAGAAGAAUUAAGUAAUUAUUAUAAAUACAUAGUUGUCAAUGAUACAAAAAGUGAGUCAAAAAUGAAAGUUACUUCUAAGUUACCAGAAGAAUAUCAACAUUUACAUAGAUAUGAUGAUGUAGCUAUUGGAAAUUUAGAAAAAUUAAUUAUGCCAGUAAAAGAAGAUAUUGAACGAUGCCCAUAUUUCUAUUGGUCAUAG